GCUUGUUCCCUAGAGUCUCUGUGACUCUCUUACCCCACAGCUGUCCACCCUGCCUGCCAGCACAGGCUACCAUGUGGGAACUAGUGGCUCUCUUAUUGCUCAUCCUAGCCUAUUUCUUUUGGCCCAAAGGAAAAUUCUCUGGCACCAAGUACCCCAAGAGCCUCCCAUCCUUGCCCCUGGUAGGGAGCCUGCCGUUCCUCCCCAGACAUGGCCAUAUGCAUGUCAACUUAUUCAAACUGCAGAAAAAAUAUGGCCCCAUCUAUUCCCUUCGUAUGGGCACCAAGAAUACAGUGGUCAUCGGUCAGUACCAGCUGGCCAAGGAGGUACUUACCAAGAAGGGCAAGGAAUUCUCUGGAAGGCCCCAAAUGGAGACUUUCAACGUCCUGUCAGACCAUGGGAAGGGCAUCGCCUUUGCUGACUCUGGUGCCCAAUGGCAGCUGCACAGGAAGCUGGUGCUGGGCACCUUUGCCCUGUUCAGGGAAGGUGAACAGAGGUUGGAGUCGAUCAUAUGUCGAGAAAUCACUGCUUUGUGUGAUUUGCUGGCCACCUACAAUGGACAGGACAUAGAUUUGUCCUUGCCUGUCUUCAUGAUGAUCAUCAAUGUAAUCAGCUUGAUCUGUUUCAACAUCUCCUACAAGUAUGGUGAUCCUGAGUUGGAGAUCAUAAGGACCUUUUCUGAGGGCAUCCUGGACAACCUGGGCAAUGAAAACUUGGUGGACAUAUUCCCCUGGUUGAAGAUUUUUCCCAACAAAACUCUGGAAAUGAUAAGGAAGUAUGUUAAAAUGAGAGACGGAGUGAUGAGUGAAAUGUUAAAAAAGCACAAGGAGAAAUUUAAAAGUGGCUCUAUCACCAGCCUGCUGGACAUUCUGAUUCAAGCCAAGAUGACUGCAGACAAUAACAAUGCUGGCCCAGACCCGGACUCAAGUAUACUUACAGAUAAGCACAUCCUUGCCACCACUGGGGACAUCUUUGGGGCUGGUGUGGAAACUACCACCUCUGUGGUGAGGUGGAUUGUGGCCUUUCUGCUGCACAAUCCUCAGAUAAAGAAGAAGCUCCAUGAGGAGAUUGACCAGAAUAUAGGUUUCGGCCGGACACCAACUGUUAGUGAUCGGACCCACCUCCUCUUUUUGGAGGCCACCAUCCGAGAGGUGCUUCGUAUCCGGCCCGUGGCCCCAAUGCUCAUCCCCCACAAGGCUAACACUGACUCCAGCAUUGGCGAAUUUACCAUUGACAAGAACACACAUGUGAUCGUCAAUUUGUGGGCACUGCAUCACAAUGAGAAAGAGUGGCACCAGCCAGACCAGUUCAUGCCUGAGCGCUUCUUAGAUCCAAUGGGAAAACAGAUCAUCACACCCUCAUUAAGCUACUUGCCCUUUGGAGCCGGUCCCCGCUCCUGUGUCGGAGAAGUUCUGGCCCGCCAGGAGCUCUUCCUCAUCAUGGCCUGGUUGCUGCAGAGGUUUGACCUGGAAUUGCCAGAUGAUGGGCAGCUGCCCUCCCUGGAGGGUGACCCCAAAGUGGUCUUUCUGAUUCAUCCUUUCAAAGUGAAGAUCAAGGUGCGGCAGGCCUGGAAGGAAGCCCAGGCUGAGGGUAGCACUUAGAGGCCGGUUCUCACCCCAUGCUGUGUGGCUGCAAGCACAGAAGUAGAAGAGCCUCUCCCACAGUCCCUAUGAGUCCCCCUCCUCCCAACCCACUCUGCCUUCUUAUCUAACCUGCAGCAAUGGCAGCUGAUGCACAUAAACUGAAGGGUUUUUUUUUUAAUUCAG